AGAUAGCACAGCCACCCCGAAGAACACCUGACGGCGGCACAUGAACAUUUGGCAAUGACCAAGUCCCCUCAUCUCGCCAGUCAUCGCAUGUCUGUGUACCGCUCUCCCAUGAUUAAUCUGACUGAGCUGUCCGAUGAAAGCAUGGUAGCUAAAUAAUGAACCCCAGCGAGCCGAUUUGGUACGAGCGCUGAUCACGAUUUACUAGUACUGAAGUUCUCUUCUCCCUCAGCUUGAGUCCUAAGUAUGAUAUCUUUUAUAAUCCUUGAUCAUAUUUGCCAUGCAGACAUAUCUUACCCCCCAAUAUACUGAAGCCAUUUGCUUGAAUGGGAAACAUCCUUGAUGAGGUUGUAAUUCAGACUGGAAUGAUGCAUCUGAGACAUCCGAGACCACUGGUCACGCUGAUGUGGAGUUCAUCUUUUAGCUACCGGUACGACAUACUGUCCUACUUGCUCCUAUAUUCUAUCCUCCAGCAAUCCUGUGCAAUCUCGUAGCUGGCUACCAUGAUCGUUCAAUUUGACACCUGCCAACCUCCAGUCUUUAUCUCUUCCCCAAACCAUGACAUCAAUGCUCAGGAAGCACAGGAAGCUUUUUUGCGAUAUGCCGCAAAUCAAUGGGCGGAACUAAAGGCUAGAUUCCUUUUAGUUAAUGCAGAAGAGAUGUCGUGGUCUCCAUUAUCUCAAAUCCGCUACCCCUCAACUCUGAGAUCAAGGUAUCCUUUGAAGCCACGCUCACAAAAUGGGCACUUUUGGACACUCGAGGACAGGAUGAAACGUAUCCAGACGCGCACCACCCUCCAGCGUAGAUAUGCUUCGCCAAACCUUUCUCGGCAAUCAACAACACCAGACCUCAAAGCUCUUCAUGCGCACUAUGCUCGCCAGCGCAUGCACGGAGAGGCAUACGACGAAUACGAGUGCAGAGAUUCUAGUCCAAAGCGCAAGCGAGCUAUCACUGGCAUUCGCGAUGGGGAUAAAACCUCCCAGGAAAUGUUGCCCUUCGUGAGGCCUCGACACUCAUACCAGCGCAGCUACAAUGAACGACAGCCACAAUGGUCGUUAGGUGUCCAGGUUUUAGUGGAUUCCCAUAUCGACGCUAUAGUGGACCAUGAGAUGGCAGACUUCAAGGAUGAAUCUUGUUUUCAGUCCAAUGCAACUCCAGGCUUUUCGAUCGGUGCAGAUAACACUUCCAUGAAGCACAUCAUUUAUAGCGAAUUUGGUGUCCCGAGCAUGUUUGAGAGGGGGCUGGCGUCGAAAAAGACGACUGAUCCCCGUCCGCGACCUCGUUCUACUAAGGUCGACAUUAAUACGAGCGCAGCUCAAGAACUUCCAUCUGCCCAUCACCACCCAUGUCGAGCAAUGUACGAGGCAGAACCUAUUCACCGAAAUAAAUCUUCAGAGAUUGCCCAAGCUUCUGAGCCAAUAAUGCAAACUACUGCGGACCUGAUGAGGGAGAUUUUUGGUGAUGGAGAAGUUGACGACGUGGAUAGUGUCUUACCUAUGAUUAAAUCCAUGAAUAUCAUGUGAACGAGCUGUUUCUACCUUGUAGAUAUUUUUAUGAAAUGGAGAUGUUCAUGAGAACCGAUCGAGC